CGCCACUGGAUGGGAGGGCCACCACCAUGGCAGCAGCUUCGCUAGCUGUUUACACUCACAUAAUGAAGCAAUCGGCAUGUUGCUUCUUCUUUCCUCAGUUACGAUUAUUUUAUUAGCAGUUCUUUGUUCCUUUCUUCCAUCUCAGUCCUCCUUUCCUCCCCUUUUAUGUUUUACCUGACAUUUUAUUUACAAAACGGUAAAAAAUCUGCAGAAGAGAUUAGGGAGAAAGUUUGAUUUCAGUUUUCACCUACCAGUUUUCUACUCUUUUUGUCUUUGGUUGGAGAUUAUGGCUUCCUCUUCUGCCCGUCACCUCACUAGUUUUAACCUCCCUUAUCUAUGACGACUUUGAGCCUAAGCAUCCCGUCAUCUUCUCCGCCCAUUGUAUAAACGGUUUUUUCUCUUUUUGGAGAUUUUUUAUUGUAAAUUAAUGAGAGAAUCAGGUUGUGGAUUUCUUGGGGAGGGUGCUGAACUGGAAAAGGCUGGAGUUUCUUCUUCUUGCUGAUGAAUGUGAAGGAAUUGGAUGUGUUGAGUGUUGGUAAUUGCAGGAGAUUUCUGGGUACAAAGGCUGUUCUUGUGGGGAGGGGAGGAACUUGAGUUUCAGAUAGAGCUGUCGGGAAUGAUGGAGGCGUCGGAGAAGGUGGAGUUCUUCCAUGGCGACCUCGACCUCUGGAUUUUGGAGGCUCGGUCACUGCCCAACAUGGACCUGCUUUCGGAGCAUCUCCGCCGCUGCUUCACUGUCUGCGAGCCGUGCACCGCCCCGUGUCGGAAGCCGCCGUCAGGCAGCGCGCGUCACCAUCACCGGAAGAUUAUCACUAGCGAUCCCUACGUCUCAGUGCUGGUUGCCGGCGCCACCGUAGCCAAGACGAGGGUCAUCUCCAACUCUGAGGACCCUAUCUGGGAGGAGCAUUUCACUGUCGCCCUUGCCCACCCUGACUCCAGAAUCGAGUUCCAGGUGAAGGACAAUGACGCCUUUGGCGCGCAGCUGAUCGGCACCGUCUGCAUCCCGGCCUCGAAGAUCCUUUCCGGCGAGCAGAUUGAUGAUUGGUUCCCCAUUAUCGGACCCGGAGGUAGUCCCCCGAAGCCGGAUUGCGCUUUGCAACUCCGGAUUAGAUUCCAACCCUUGGAGGGAAAUCCGCUGUACAGUUACGGCGUGGGUGCUGAUACGGAGAGCGCCGGCGGCGUUCCGAACACGUACUUUCCUUCUCGGAAGGGUGGGAUGGUCACUCUGUAUCAGGAUGCGCAUGUCAGGGAUGGGGACCUUCCUGAGAUUUUGCUCGACGGCAAGAAGUACGAGCACGGUAAGUGUUGGGAGGACAUAUGCUAUGCAAUCUUGGAAGCCCACCAUUUGAUCUAUAUUGUGGGUUGGUCUGUGUAUGACAAGGUCAGGAUUGUGAGGGAGCCAACCAGGUCGAUCCCCGACGCCGGGAAGAUGACGCUCGGCGAGUUACUCAAGUAUAAAUCUCAGGAAGGAGUUCGUGUCUGCCUGCUUGUUUGGAAUGAUAAGACUUCCCAUGACAAGUUCUUCUUCAAAACGGCAGGAGUAAUGCAGACUCAUGAUGAAGACACCCGGAAAUUCUUUAAGCAUUCAUCUGUCCACUGUGUGCUGUCUUCUCGCUAUGCCAGUAAUAAACUUAGCAUUUUCAAGCAACAGGUUGUAGGGACGUUGUUUACUCAUCAUCAGAAGUGUGUACUUGUUGAUACCCAAGCCCCAGGAAAUAACAGAAAAAUCACUGCAUUUAUAGGAGGGCUUGACCUCUGUGAUGGCCGUUAUGAUACUCCUCAGCAUCGAUUAUAUCAAGAUUUGGACACAGUUUUUCAGGAUGAUUUCCACAGUCCUAUAAUUCCAGUGGGUACAAAAGGCCCUAGGGAGCCAUGGCAUGAUCAGCACUGCAGGAUUGAUGGUCCUGCUGCAUAUGAUGUACUUAAAAAUUUUGAGCAGCGAUGGCAGAAGGCUACAAAAUGGUGGGAAUUUGGACAACGGUUCAAGAAGGUGUCUCAUUAUCAUGACGAUGCUUUGCUUAAGCUGGAGCGGAUUUCAUGGAUACUUAGUCCUUCUCCUACUAUUCAAAACGAUGAUCCAAUCCUAUGGGUUUCUGAGGAAAAUGAUCCAAAGCAUUGGCAUGUUCAGAUUUUUCGGUCAAUUGACUCAGGUUCUUUGAAAGGAUUCCCCAAAGAUGUUGAAGUUCAUGAUGCUGAGAAACAGAACCUUGUUUGUAGAAAGAACUUGGUGAUAGACAAGAGCAUACACACAGCAUAUGUUAAGGCUAUCAGAUCUGCCCAACAUUUUAUAUACAUUGAAAAUCAAUAUUUUCUUGGGUCAUCUUAUGCAUGGCCAAAGUACAAAAAUGCAGGUGCGGAUAAUCUGAUACCAAUGGAGUUGGCUUUGAAGAUUGCUAGUAAAAUAAGGGCAAAAGAACGUUUUGCUGUUUAUGUUGUCAUUCCAAUGUUUCCUGAGGGUGUUCCUACCAGCCAGACUGUUCAAGAAAUUCUGUACUGGCAGGGGCAGACAAUCUCAAUGAUGUAUGAGAUCAUUGGGCGAGAACUUCAAUGUCAAGGCAUUUCUGAUUUACAUCCACAGGAUUACCUAAAUUUCUACUGCCUUGGUAAUCGAGAAGCACCACCAAGUGAAAUGCCUGGAUUGACCGAUCAGCCUGAUGGAAACAGCCCAGCGGCUUUGGCUCAUAAAAAUGGACGAUUUAUGGUAUAUGUUCAUGCUAAAGGCAUGAUAGUGGAUGACGAAUAUGUGAUUAUGGGAUCUGCUAAUAUUAACCAACGGUCGAUGGAUGGUUCAAGGGACACCGAAAUUGCCAUGGGUGCUUAUCAACCUCAUCAUACAUGGGCUAAGCAGAAAAAUCAUCCUCACGGGCAGAUUCAUGGAUAUAGGAUGUCGCUCUGGGCAGAGCAUCUUGGCAUGGUUGAUGGUUGCUUUUCAAGCCCUCAUAGCUUAGAAUGUGUCAGGAAGGUGAAUACUAUUGCUGAUGAAAAUUGGAAGAGGUAUUCUGCAGAAACAAUGACAAAUUUGCAAGGGCAUAUCCUUAAGUACCCAAUCAAGGUCGAUACAGAUGGAACUGUAGGGCCAUUACCUGGACAUGAGUUCUUUCCUGAUCUUGGUGGGCGGGUACUUGGUGCAGCUACUACGUUACCUGAUGUUCUAACUACAUAGUUUAUUCAGAUUUAAUUUCCUAAAAAAAUAUGUUGUUGUUCAGUUGUAUACUUGCAUAUUGUUUUCAUUCUUUGUAACAAUGUAAAAUCAUGAAAACAUGUUGAUAGUUGUCUGUCAAAUUGAGACGGUCUCUCUCUCAUUCUCUC